AGUUGUAAUGUAAACAUUAAAUCCACAAGCUUAAAAAAAAAAUUAAUGGGACGCACCAGGUGUUGUACUGUAGGUUUGCAUGCACUAACAACUCUAUCCACGUAUACAUGAUGCAAAUGUAAGGACAAGUCAAAAAGCCAUGCCGUAAAACUAGGCUUUAAUUUGCCUGCCACCUCCAAAUUCUGUGGGCUUUUUUUCAGUUCCAGAGUUUGUUUUCCGCAAACAACUCUACAGUAGUGUCUCUCUCUAAUACUAUCUGGACUCUCAAGAAGUAUUGCAAUGUUUAUUUCUUCGGACACCAUUGUCUGUUGUCAGAAUGGUGAAGCAGAAAAUGGUAUUGUGAACGGAAUGAUGGAUCAUGAGGGUCGACCCGCCAAAAGAUCUCAAUCGGGCUACUGGCGAUCUGCAUGUUACAUCAUAGGUGCUGGUGCGACGGAGAGAUUUGCGUAUUAUGGAAUAAGUUCGAAUCUGAUUACAUAUCUUACGGGCCCGCUGGGGCAGUCGACAGCGGCAGCGGCUGCCAGCAUAAAUAUAUGGACUGGCACUGGUUUACUUCUGCCGCUUCUCGGUGCUUUUGUGGCCGAGUCAUUUCUUGGACGAUACCGAACCAUUGUCCUUUCUUCCAUGCUCUAUAUCUUGGCACUUGGGCUGUUGACUACAUCUGCCUUCCUUGAUUUCCGACCUAAUGAGCUCGAUGUUCUGUUAUUCUUUGGGUCCCUGUACUUGAUGGCUCUGGGACAAGGUGCAUACAAGCCUUGCAUUCUGGCGUUUGGUGCAGAUCAAUUUGAUGACAAUCAUCCACAAGAGUUGAGAAGCAGAAGCUCUUUUUUCAAUUGGUGGUAUUUUAGCUCAUGUGCUGGUCCAUUGGCAGCUCUAUUGGUCUUAAAUUACAUUCAGGAUAACAUUAGUUGGGCCAUUGGAUUUGGGAUCCCAUGCAUUUCUGCAGCAAUUGCACUGUCAAUAUUCUUGCUUGGAACCAAGUCUUAUCGCUAUAGAAUCAAAAGAGACGAGAAAUGUGCCAUUUCAAGAGUUGCUCAAGUCUUCAUUAAAGCGGCAAUGAAUUGGAGAGUUAUCCCUUCCACUAGUAACAAUAACAAUAACGAGGAGCAGGAUACAGUGCCUCAUCUACGUUCUCAGCAAUUCAAGUUUCUUAACAAAGCAUUGCUUGCGCCUGAUGGUUCGGUGGAAUACGGAGAAGUUGGCAUCAUCAUGCAGGAGGUGGAAGAGGCAAAAGCACUAAUCAACUUAAUCCCACUAUGGGCUUCAUCUUUGGGAUUUGGCAUUGUCUUAUCUCAGCCCUCGACUCUCUUCACCAAACAAGGAAUCACAAUGGACAGAUCAAUCGGUUCUAGCUUUGAUGUACCGGCUGCUUCACUUCAGUACAUAAUUGGUCUCACAAUAAUCAUUUUCGUCCCCAUUUACGAUCGUGUUUUUGUUCCAUUGGGGAGAAUUGCAACCGGAAAUCCAUCAGGGGUAACACAGCUCCAGAGAAUCGGAACAGGUAUGUUGUUAUGCACAGUUUCAAUGGUGAUAGCAGCACUAGUCGAGAGAAAGAGACUAAAAACUGCUUCACAGUACGGAUUAGCUGAGUUGGGAGGAGCAGAGGUUCCGAUGAGUUUCUGGUGGCUAAUACCUCAGUAUAUAAUAUUCGGUAUUUCAGAUGUAUUCACCAUAAUCGGAUUGCAGGAGCUGUUCUAUGAAGAGGUGCCUUGUGGAUUGAAAACAGUGGCACUGUCAAUAUACCUUAGUAUAUUGGGGAUUGGGAAUUUCUUGAGCAGUUUCCUUAUAUUCAUAAUUCAGAGAGUAACUAGUGAUCAAGGUGGCCAAGGUGGUUGGUUUUCGGAUAAUGCGAAUGGGGCACAUUUAGAUUACUUCUAUUGGUUACUUGCUGGAGUUAAUGCAGCUGGUUUGCUAGCAUUCUUGUGCUUUGCCAGAUCUUUCAAAUACACAAAUCGUUGGAACUUGGUUUCAGAUUAAUUGUACUCACUCAUAAGCUUACAUUUACAUUGUAUUAUUAUUAAUUAUUAGUUACACUAUCUUGUAAGCAAAAAAAUAGAUCUAA